AUAAAAUGAAAUUAUAAUUAUUUGGAAUCGUAUAUAUUGCACGUGGUAUCGCGCUAGUUUGUUACGCUCCUGAGCAUAAGUCUCUACUAGGGGUGCUUGCCCUAUGGAUGAACGUAAGUUGGACAGUAGUCUAGUGCCCUGAAAGACGGCGAUAACGUCAGCAUACGCGAAUAGAAAGUAAAAUAUUUCGUAUAAUAGUUUAAAUGUCAUCGGAUAUUUAUAGAAUUGAAACGCAAGAUGCGGAAAGUUUCCCGGCUUGCGGAUCGCAGAAGUACAUGACUUUGCAAUAUAUUAUCUAUAUUUGCUAACUCGUUAUUCUAUCAUUCUCUCGUCGACUACCAUCGACGACGAUUGCCGUUGCACCGGUAUCCUUUUUCUACAACGGACACACUCAUUCCUUCUUCUUAUAUUCAUUCGCGAACGAACGAGCGACGCUGUUGGUCAGUGUUGAUAUUUUUACUGUUGUUGCUUGGCUCUGUGGAACAUCGGACAUCAUUCUCCUCUUUUCUUGGCGAACUUGAACGGUAGAACAUGGACAUUGCGAGGGCUUACAAUUACCUCUUCGAGGAGAUAGCAGAUCCCAGAGUGGCAAACUUCCCUCUGAUGCGAGAUCCGUUUCCAAUGAUGUUAAUCCUACUUGUUUAUCUAGAGUUCAUUCUUCAUAUUGGACCUCGUUAUAUGAAACAUCGGAAACCUUACAAACUGAAGAAUUUUUUGAUUGUCUAUAAUUGUCUGCUAGCUAUCGCAAGUGGAGUUACAUGCUAUGGAAUUCUAACGUCGGGUUUUACGACGAAUCUUUCUCUAGGAUGUGAACCUUAUAGUAUAUCUUAUGAUGCCGAACCUCUUAGGAUGGCUAGUUGGGUUUGGCGAGUAUUUAUAUUGAAGGUAAUCGAAUUAUGCGACACAAUCGUUUUUGUUCUUCGAAAGAAAUAUAAUCAGACAUCUUUUCUUCAUAUUUAUCAUCAUAGUACGACAGUUAUAAUGGCAUGGAUGACUUGUAAAUAUGUUCCAGGUGGCAUGUGGACUUUCAUAAUAAUACCAAAUUGUAUCGUGCACGUAUUCAUGUAUACUUAUUAUUUACUGUCUGCUCUCGGACCAGGAGUAACAGAGAAGAUUAUGCCGGUGAAAAAAUAUAUCACAAAACUACAAAUAAUACAAUUCAUUAUUAUGCUGUUGCACACAGGUCAGGCACUAAUGCCUUCUUGCGAUCCAAAUAGAAAAUUUGUUGCUUGCAUAUAUACGAUGCAAGUAAUUAUAAUGUUAUACAUGUUCUGGGGAUUUUAUAAAAAGUCUUAUACAAGAAAGAAGCUGGAGUGAGAGAUCUUCGAUAAUCGAAUGAAUAAAAUAUAAAGUUAUUAGAAAUUUCUUACGUGGGAUAAUAGAUGGAUUUUCCAUCUAUAUUAAUAUUUAUAUAUCGAAUAAGUAUAAUCAUAUUCUUAUAUAUGAUUUAUAAUUAAACGCAUUUUCUUUGCAAAAAUAUAUAAGACUAUUCGUAAUAAUUAUUAUAUAAUAAUAAUUAAUGCGAAUAAUUAAUAUAAUUAAUUAUUAUAUUAAUAAACGAUAUAUAUAUAUAUAUCGAUUAAAUUUUGUAGAAUGAUGCUUUUCCAUUGCGUUGAUCUUAAAAACGAAAUCCUAUAAGACUAUUUUGUAUUUUAUUAAUGGUACCCAUAACUAUUGAAAACUUUGUCAUUAUUUUAUUUAAACUAUAAGAAACGUAAAGCUUAACCGAUCAGUUAUCAUUUAUUAUUUGAUAAUAUAUUAUAACACAUAAUAUAUUCUCAACAUUGUAUGAUUAAUUCUCUACAAUAAUUCUUUAUUGUAUCGUAUAAAAUAAUUAAUACGAAUAGUCAUAAAUAGUUUUACAAAAAAAAAAAAAAAAAGAAAAAAGAAACAAAAAAGAAUGCGAUCAAUUAUAAAUCA